UAUCGUUCAAGACACAUGAGAAGUAAAAUUGUGAUUCUUUUUUUUUACCAUAAGAAGCGACCCCACCGCAGGCAUCUACUUCAAUUUGUGUUUGUUUGUUUUUGUAAUAAUCUUAUCAAAACAUUUUUUAUAAAAAAAAAUAAUCUUAUCAAAACUCUAAACGGUCAUAUCAGAGAAUGGUCAGCUUUGCUUUUCUUCUCAUUCUUCUAUAUAUUUAUCUAUAAAUACCUUCUCACACCUUCCCCAUUCUGCACACACAUCUAUAAUACAAAAAGGAUCAUCAAAACAGUUGUUUAAACUCUCUCAUCUCUUAAGUUGCUACGUUUUUGUUUGUAUUUUCCGAUACGUACCAUGGAUUGCAGAUCAUCUAUGGAGUCAUCGGAAACCCUAAGGAACAAGUGCGCAGCUUGUUAUAAACAAUUCAACAAAUUCGAACAUUUAGUGGAGCACAUGAAGAUCUCGUAUCACUCCGGUCAUGAGCCUAUGUGUGGCGUUUGCAAGAAACAUUGCCGAUCUUUUGAGUCCCUCCGGGAACAUCUCAUAGGGCCAUUGCCAAAACAAGAAUGCAAGAACAUUUUCAGCUUUCGCGGAUGCAGAUUCUGCUUGAUGAUCCUCGAAACCCCGAACGCUCGUAGGAUCCAUCAAGAGAGAUGCCAAUUUUCGAGCGUCAAUGCUGGAUUGACGACUCGUAUGGCGGCCUUAGGCGUAAGAGAUAAGGCCAUGAUCGACUACACGUCGUCUAGAUCCCCAAAAGUGGUUGCACUGUCUUGCAAGAUGGUAGGAGGGGGAAGCGACGGGUCGCUGGAUCUAUGCGCAAGGGUUUGCAUAACGGAUGAGAGCGACAACGUUGUGUUCCAUACGUACGUGAAAUCGUCAAUGCCCGUGACGAACUAUAGGAGGAAGAUGAGCUAGACACGAUGCCGGGAGAGAUAUAUUGUCCAUGGACGCCGGCGAGAUCACCGGUGGAGAUGACGUCUCCUUGUAGAAAGAGCAAAUCGACAGGAUCGUCUUCGACGUCGACAUGGUCGAGGAGACGUUGGAGAAUCAGAAACCUGCUCACGAGAAGUCGCAGCGACGGGAAAGAAACACUCGAGUUCUUGAACACGAGCCCUGUUGACAACAUAGACAAAUCUUGUUCUUCUUCUCCUUGUCCGAAGAACAAGGAGACGGUGAAGACGAAGAGCAAGAAGAAGGAGAAGGAGAAAGUUUCAGUUUCAGCACAUGAGAAGUUUUACUUGAGGAACAAAGCAAUGAAAGAAGAAGACAAGAGAAAGUCAUAUCUACCGUACAAGCAAGAACUUGUCGGACUUUUCUCCAACAUUCACCGACACGGCAAAGUUUCUUCUCCGUUCUGAUCUGAUCCGUGACAACAACUAGAGUUUUGUUUGUUUGUGUUACUAUUUGUUUGUUUAUUAUCUUCAAAAAUAAUUGUACUUAUACAAAAAGAUGCGAGUUCACAUUCGUUAUCUAAUAAAGUAUUAUAUCAUAGCUUAUAAAAGAUGUAUAUUAGUAUUUAAUAAUUUCUACGUCUUUAAAUUAUAAAAUUUUCUUGUUUUGUA